GGUGGUGGGCGGGCGCAGCUAAGGAAAUUAUAAGGUCAUUUGAAUUACGCUGGCUAGCGAGCUUAUCGGCUAUAAUGAACGAAGAAAAGAUAUGAAUGGCUGUAAUAAUGAACGGAUGAUGAUCGUGGGGUUAAAGUCGACGCGCGCGGCCAGGUGAAUCUGUCUCCAGACGCACCGGAGAGGAGAAGGGCAGCAGCUCGUCGCGGUAUUAACAACAGGAGGGGAUCCCGGUGCGUGUGUGUAUGUGUGUGUGUGUGUGCGUUUCUGUGAGCCUCUGUCAGCCAGGCGAACGGCGGUGAGCAGCGGAGGGGGCGACCAGGCUAGCCUAUAAGCCGAUCAAGGUGGAAUCGCACACAACGAGUUUCACGUCUGGGUUUUGUGCGCACCUACAUGCUGUGACGGUGUGAUCGAACAGCAAGGAUGAUGCGUCUAGCGUGUUGCACAGCACUGCUGUUUGUGUUGAGGCUGCUGGUAGGCUUGCCUUGGUUCCAGGUCAUCCCUGCCAUCCUGAUCUUCUACCUUGGAAGCGGAGGAUGGAGCUUCCUGCAGAUUUUUGCCAAAACAGUUGGCAGAGACUUACACGCGGCAGGUGUAUUAUUGCGGGUGAAGAUGAAUGUGAGACGUCACCUACGAGAGAAGAACACUAUACCUAAGAUCUUUGCUGAAACAGUCCACCGCUAUGGCGACAAAACAGCGCUGAUCUUUGAGGGGACUGGGGAGAAAUGGACCUUCAGACAGUUAGAUGAAUACUCCAAUAGAGUUGCUAACCUGCUGCUACAAAGAGGUUUCAAGGAGGGGGAUGUUGUGGCCCUUUUUAUGGAGAACAGGUCUCAGUAUGUGGGCCUCUGGCUUGGCAUGGCCAAGAUUGGAGUAGAGGCUGCUCUCAUCAACUUCAAUUUGAGACUAGAGGCCUUGGUCCACUGCGUCACCAUCUCCAAUGCCAAGGCUGUGGUGUUUGGCUCAGAGUUGACUGAUGCUGUGUCUGAGGUCCACACUUCAAUGAGGAAGGCAGUACAGAUGUUUUGCUCCGGAGACUGGGACCCCAAACGAGUCCCACAGGGAACUGAGUGCCUAGAGCCCCUCCUGGCCGCCGCCCCGUCUCACCUGCCCAGCCGGCCCCAGCGCUGCUUUACAGAUCGGCUGUUCUACAUCUACACAUCAGGAACCACUGGGAUGCCUAAAGCUGCUAUUGUUGUGCACAGCAGGUACUACCGCAUGGCAGCUCUGGUAUAUUAUGGUUUUAGGAUGAAGUCAGAAGAUGUGUUGUAUGACUGCCUUCCACUGUACCACUCUGCAGGUAACAUUGUUGGAGUGGGCCAGUGUAUAAUACAUGGCAUGACUGUGGUAAUCAAAAAGAAGUUCUCUGCGUCACGUUUCUGGGACGACUGUGUCAAAUACAACUGCACUAUUGUGCAGUACAUUGGGGAGAUCUGCAGAUACCUGUUGAACCAGCCAGUUCGAGACACUGAGCGACAACAUCGUGUGCGCAUGGCACUGGGUAAUGGGCUGCGCCAGUCCAUAUGGGAGGAGUUCAUGAAGCGUUUCAAUAUCCCGCAGAUCGCUGAGUUCUACGGAGCAACAGAAUGUAACUGCAGCCUCGGCAACUUCGACAACCAUAUUGGUGCUUGUGGCUUCAACAGUCAGAUUCUACCCUACAUCUACCCCAUCAGACUGGUCAAAGUUGAUGAAGAGACCAUGGAGCUAAUUAGAGGACCUGACGGUGUCUGUAUUCCCUGUAAACCUGGUGAGCCUGGACAGCUGGUUGGCAGGAUAAUUCAGAAUGAUCCCCUUCGAAGGUUUGAUGGCUAUGUCAACCAAGCAGCAACCAGCAAGAAGAUUUCCCAUAGUGUCUUCAAGAAGGGAGACAGUGCCUAUCUUUCUGGUGAUGUGUUGAUCAUGGAUAAGUGUGGCUACAUGUACUUCAAGGACCGAACAGGAGACACUUUCCGCUGGAAAGGAGAAAAUGUCUCCACUACAGAAGUAGAGGGAACUCUCAGCAGGCUGCUAGACAUGAAGGAUGUAGUGGUUUAUGGAGUAGAAGUUCCAGGAGCAGAAGGAAAGGCUGGAAUGGCGGCCAUCGCUGAUCCGUCUCACUCCUCUGACCUAGAGAAAUUUGUGAAGGACAUGGAGAAAGCUCUCCCCCCGUACGCCAGACCUGUCUUCCUCCGCUUCCUGCCAGAGGUCAACAAGACAGGAACAUUUAAGUUUCAGAAGACAGAGCUGCGAAGGGAAGGCUUCGACCCCAGCACGGUGUCAGACAGACUGUAUUUCUUGGAUUCCAGCAGAGGGCGCUAUGUGCAGCUGGACGAGGAGACGCACCGCUCUAUAUUGUCAGGGAAACACAAAUUGUGAUGACCAGGCUGACCACUACAUCCACACAAUACACAGACACACUCACUGAUACAGACACAGAAAAGAAGACAAUACAGUGCAACUAGGACAACAAAAUGCAGGGCCCUGUCCCCAUACACAUAGGUACACAUAGCCAUACACACUCCAUGCACAUGGACUCAAAUGCAACACAUGAAACACACACACACACGCACGUAUACAUAUUCCAGAAACCCACUUUUGCUCUUUGAUUCAUAAAAACUGAUUGAUGCACGCCACACAUGCAGACAGAGCACCACUUCAUCUAUCCCUCCUCAAAUCUCCGCCCGGCAACUUCUCUCGCUACCUCAGCAAACACAGUGAGGGGCAGCAACCCAGUACCCAGGUCUGUGUGGAUUUUGAAAUCAUGCAGAAUCCACAUCUUGAAACCAUCCCUCAUACAAUCUCGGAACACACAGCCACUGCAGCCAGAAUCCACAGACAAUCCAUAUCUGUCUAUCAUGGUGCAUCAAACCUUCCUUUCUGCUGGGGGACACCACUGGGACAGAUGAGGACUUGAGGCAGCCUGGCAUCCAGAAUGCACCAACUUGAAACUACAGAUAAACACAAACUUGAUGGAACCUGAUGUUUAAAUGUGGAUUUAGUACAUGCAGUAUGGGUGGGAUCUAUGAGGACCUUAUCUGUCUCUCUGUUUGUUGUUUUGUCAACAGGGUGUUUUAUAAAGGAAUUGGAGUUUCUAACUUUGACGUAACCUGCACAAUUAGCUCAUGGUGACAAAAAUAUUACUUCAGCGUUAUAGCAUUGUAUUACCAGACUAAUUUUUAAGGCAAUGGCUACUGCCACAGUACUGUGGCAAGAAAUAUCGGUUUGUCUAUUGCCACAGAGCCAAUCAAAUGAUCCAAAUUUUGCACUCUGAACGUGUCCCAAUGGCUGAUUUAUAUUAAUCAAAAACCUGGGCAAAUUCCUCAUAUGAGGCAAAACAGUCCCCACGUGUCAUAUUGUUUGCCUGCAUGCAGAAACUGAAAGUGUGAAUAGGUACACAAACCAGCUUCUGGUAACUGGUACCCAAGCCUUUUCCUGUAACCGGAUAGGCACAUGGUAUGUGCAGUGCUUAUUGCUACAGUACUGUGGCAGCAGGGUUACAGGUUACCAGUCUACACAGGAUACAAUGAGGGCGCUGAUUGGCUUUGUGGUAAUAGACAAAUGAGAAAGUUGUCCCACAGUACUGUGGCAAUGGCCAGAAUAGAAUUAGUCUGGACUCUCUCGGUUUAAUUUUAUUUCAAAGGGGCAUUAUCAAAAGGCUCAGACCGAAAGGUCUCUGGAUGCAGUCAGAUACACUUAUAGCCAGUAAGAGAAACAGACCAAACCCAAUCCUGGGCAGGCAGCAGUCCCAGGUGGUAAUGUGUCAUCGUAUCAAACUAUAUCAGACUCUCCCCAUAGCAGAUGAAUGGUUAUGAUUGGCUCUAUCCAAUGUUGGUUCAGUGGAAAUCAGUCUGAAUGGGAGCAGAUGUAUGUCUGACUAGCAUUGUUAAUCUACCCGAGGUUUACUUCAUGAAUGCAUUUCCUUGACUUUUUUGGUCUCCUUGACUUUAUUUUCCUUCUUUUGUUCCCAAAAUAAAAAGAAUCUCUUUUAUUUUGGAUGCAAAAGUAAAUUUAGACCAGCGGUUGAUGAUUAAAGUGCAAUAGGGCUCCAAUGUUUGCAGUGCAAUAAUCAGCCAUACCACAGGAGCGCUGAUAUAAAACAAAGCUUUUUAUUUAAAUAUGUUCGCAUCACACCAAAUAUUUUCCAUUUGCAGUGUUUGUUUACAUAUUUAUGAAAACGUUAGAUUUUUUGUUUUUGUUGUGAACAUAAUAGCUUUCUUCUUUUCUUGUUUUGAAUGUAUCAGGUUGUUUCUGUUUUCACUGAUCCAAAUCCAUGCUUCAGUAACUCUUGGUGUCAAGUGUCACUGCAGUUUCAAUGUUUGCCGAAACACAAAGUUAAAUCCAACCCUGGGCUAAAUACAUACGGCUGUUCCAAACAUUAGUUGAUCCUUGUUCACAUAUUGAGCUAAAGGGCGGUAUUGUUGCAUCACUCCAUUGUGCAGGUUUUGUCUCGGAAAGUAAAGGUGUUUGUAUAUUCUUACAAACAUGAGUAGGACUUGAUUAUGAAGAAAGAAGCACCAAAUUGCCUGAUCAGUACAGACUUUUGUUUUCAACAAUAUUCUGGUGAUGAAGACGGAUAUUCUGCCAGAUUUAAGAGAGCCCAAAGAUUCAAAGGCGAAAGUAGGGAAAAAUGAGGCAAGUGGUUGCAUCAACAGAGUGGUAGAAGAAGAGAAGAUGUUCUUGUUCAUAGAUGUUUUGUCUGUUUGCUGUAGCUGUUGUCAUAGGCUGUAGCAGCAUUGAAUGAGUAUCAUCAGCCACAAACAGAGCACUGUGCCUUACUGUGAGUUCACCUCCCAGAUUCACAGGCCCUGGCCCACAUAUACUGUAACAUCUCGGAUCAGCUUCCAUAAGUUGAGCCCUCCUUUGUGUUUUUUUUUUGUUUUUGUUUUUUUUCCAUUUAGCUUUUAUAUCACAUAAUCUCACCUGUCUACACUCAUAGUAGCCUUGGAAAGAAAGCUAGACUGAAUCUUACAAACUCAGAUUUUUAUUUUGGUGAUAUUCUGUUAAGAAUUGAACCAUUAAACCCAUCAAGUGGCACCUUCAACCUGCCAGGUGCAGGAAGAGUCGACAACUUCAGCAAGGCUACUGUCAGUAAAACUGUAUCUUAUCCUUUUUGAGUCAACUCUGCUUUUUAUUUAGUAACAACUGUAACCUUUGAUUUUCUUCCUACUCUAAUUUGUUGCUCAUUGUUAUUUUCUCAGCACCUAUAAGUUAAGCCUUCAUCAUUUUUCUGCCAACCUUAUUCAUCUUCUCCUCAUUUCUCAACACCUUCUCCUCCCUCCUUCUCUCCCUCUAUCCUUUCAAGCUGGCAUCUGCUUGACCCUUUAUUUCUCCAUCAUGUCCUGAGCUUCACUCUCUUGCCAGUUCUUCUUCAUCAUGCUGUGCUCAUGUUGGCUCAGAUAACAGUAAAAACAUUAGUUGAGCACAUUUCAAACAUUAUAUACUGGAUGGAUUAAUCGAGUUCCAACUACACACAGAACUGUUUUCAGAUCUCUUUUGCCGUUGUGUGUUGUGUGUAGUCUUGCCAUUGUCCUGGGACCUUCUCUUAACUUUGCAAACAUACCACUUCAUAAACUUCCUACCGUUCUUCCAGUCAGGUUAGUGGAACAUGUAACAACUGGCUGGAAUUUAGAUGAAUUGAAGUGUAUUGUGGCAAUGCUAUUUUGUUCAGCAGACUGAAUCUUAAUGUUUCAAGAGUUUGUUUUUUUUUUUGUUUUUUGUUCAUACUUUGCACUGACUGAAACAGCUGAUGUUGAUGGGUGCAAACUGCUGACAGUGAUGAUCCACAUCACUGCCACAUUGUUUUCCUGUUUUAGGAAAGGAAUAUGUAGACGUAGAACAACAAAGUGGUUUAACAGAAUUUGAGAUGUACCCCUGCUUCCUCCAUGUGCACACCUAUCAACAGGUGGUCUUAGUUUAAGAGUGUGUCUCUUCCACUUGUAUUUAUUCUUUAAUGAUGAGUGUGAAAUGUUCUUAUGAAUGUCUACAAAGCAAAUGAGUGACCAAUGAUGAUGUUGUAACGUGUGAUUUGCGUAUGUAAGGGAAUGCAGCAGCUGUUAUGAUGCUUCUGACCGAGGGUUGCUCUUGUCAACUCUUACCACCAGGGGGCGCAUGACUAAACAGCUCCACAGCAGAGCACUCUGAAUAAGAUGUUUUUGUUUUCAGAUUUUUUAAAAUGAGUUUAAAUUAUUAUUUUUUAACUGUUAAUAAUACUUUUGAUUGUUUUAAUGCUAUAUCUGUUUGAUUUUGUUUUUCUGUGUGUGUGAACUCAUAGCUUUGCAUUUUUUUGGGAAUAAAGAGGGAUUCAUGUAUGGGUGGAAGACAAUCCAAUGCAGCUGUCGUAGUCAAAUUUAUUUAUUUUAUUUUUUUUAAAAAAGGAAAUUGGUCUUUUUGUUAAGCUUUCAGACCACAUGGGAUUCAGAUCGGACGUUCAUUCAUUUAUUUACUUAUUAAAAUUGUUGAGCAGGAGCCAAUUUGUUGUUUCUCAGCUUAUAAAUCAAUGAAGAUGGAGAAGCAGAUUAUUCAAUGUAUUAAACCUAAACCAGCGCACAGCCAGCAGUGAGGCACAGGGCUGUGGGUGUAUUAAAGAUCUGAGUGACCUGUUUGACCAGAACCAUAUGCUGUGUCCUGACUAAAAUUUGCAUAGAUGAAGCAGAAGUAAAGAGUUUAAGAUUAAGAAGAGACUCAAAGUCACUAUACUCAUCUCAUGCAAUGCAUUUGGAGAACAGAUGGAAUGACCUAAAGGAAAUGCAUGACAAUGACAACAGCUUGAACCACUGCAGAAAUGUAUUGGCUGACAUGGUCCUUGAUUUGUUAAGGAAAUUUGAAUAUGGAAAUGUUUUUUUUUUUUUGCAUUGUGUAGAUCCCAAACCUUGACUGGACACUUGUGUAUUUGAAAUGUGCAUGUACCUCUGGUCUCACUCUCUUUCAUGCAUCGGUUCACACCCUGCUUUUUGCACUUUUGAUUUGUGUUUUCUUUGUUUUUCCUUUUUGUGGUACUCAGGAACAUCAAACAGUGCUAGAGGAGGAAACAUGUUUGUGCACAUCUGCCUGUGUAUGUGUGAGUGUGAUUUUUUUUUUUUUUUUUUUUCUGUUUUGGACUCAUUGCACAGGCGGCAGCUCUCGGCUUGUGUUCAAAAUGUGUAGAUGAGGUUCUGUGAGGUGUGCUGUGUGUGUGCAACACACACACUGAUGUCCUCUUGAUGUCCACUGAAGGCUAGCUGUAUACAUCUUGCAUUUUAAGAAAAAGAGAAAAAAGCAGUGCUACGAAUGGAAAUCAUUAUUAAUAAAAACUAUUUAAAUUGUUCA